AACGCCAUGGCGAAGAAUACUCUAGUAGAAAAAAUGAACGACAGUUUGUUUUCUUUAAAUUUGUUGGUGUUUUUGUACGUUUGUUGUGCCUUAAAAAUACAAGCGCAAUCGCCGUUUUUGCACAAGCUCGAUUUCGCAUCGACGAGCAAUGAUUACAUUAAAAGAUGUGCACCAAACAUAGCAUGUGAUCCGACAGCCAAGUAUAGGACCAUCAACGGAUCGUGCAAUAAUCUUAAGAUGCCCACGUGGGGAGCGUCUAACACUCCGUUCUUGAGAAUCCUCGAAGCGCAGUACGAUGACGGAAUCUACCAAGUCCGCAAGAAAGCCAACGGACUACCGUUGCCCGACGCCAGAAUACUUCAAUUGGAAUUGUUUCUGAAAUAUCAAUGGUAUAAUUAUCCCGAACCCAACGUACUGUUGAUGCAAUGGGGACAAUUCAUCGCUCACGACGUUUCCCUUUUGAGACCGGACGAUUCUAUUGCGGACUGUUGUGCGUUUCAAAAUACACUGCGGGUACCUAAACAAUGUACCGAAGCUAUUAGAAUACCAGUGAACGACCCGGUUUACUCAAAGUUCAAAAGAACGUGUAUGCCCUUCAAUCGUGCGGUGACCAUGGCUAAUUUCAGUUGUCCUCUAAUACCCGUUACAUUCGCGGUAGAAGUCACACAUUUCAUUGAUGGAUCUCCCGUUUACGGUUCUACAGACGCCAUAGCAGCAGGACUGAGAACGUUCACUAACGGAAGACUGAGAUCGGAUAUUAUUCAAAAUAACAAGCAAAUGAAAGAAGAAUUUUGUCCACAACGGAAUAGGACCACAUUGCAGUGUGAUACGUCGCCAUAUUCUAGGAUUUGCUUCGAAGCUGGUGAUGUUCGUGUAAACCAGAAUCUCGGCAUUGCUCUAAUUCAGAACCUAAUGUUAAGAUUCCACAACUUUGUAGUGGCUAAACUGCAGCUUAUAAACUUGUUUUGGACUGAUGAAAUGUUAUACCAAGAAGCUCGGAAGAUAGUCGGAGCUGUCGUUCAACACAUCACGUACUACCAUUUUUUGCCAAUCAUAUUAGGACGUGAAUACACGGAAUAUUAUGGCUUGCUCACUCCUUACACUGUGUACAAAGACAACGUGAAUCCAUCGACAUCGCAAGAAUUUUCAACUAGCUCAUAUCGGAUACUUCACAACAUUGUUCCCGCAAAAUUCAAUUUCAUCAACGAAGAUUACAAAAUUCAAUUCCAAGUUAACCUUACCGAUUGGAUGAGCAUACCGGACUUACUGCCUGUCGGGCAUAAUAUAGAUUGGCUAUCUCGAGGAUUACUUGAAACCCCGACUAGAGAAUACCAAUCUUCCUACAAUCCAUUGAUUUCAAAUUACCUAUUCCGUUUUAACAUACCAGAUUUUAUAGGCAGGGACUUGUUAGCUAUAGAUAUUCAACGAGGUCGAGAUGUAGGCCUUCCUACCUACAAUCAAGUCAGACCUCUUUGUGGAAUCCCGCAAGCAAAAUCAUUUGAAGACUUCUUGGAUCUAAUACCGUUAAAGGCAGUAGAAAAACUGAAGGCUCUUUACUCAUCAGUAAAUGAUGUAGAUCUUCAUGUUGGCUCCUUGUUAGAAAUACCAGAAGAGGGAUCAAUGGUCGGACCUACAACUAGAUGUAUAAUAUCGGACAAUUUCUACAGAUUUAAAGUUGGAGAUCGUUUUUUUUAUGACGUACAAGGUCAACCUGGAAGUUUUACACCAAAACAACUGGAGACAAUUAAACACAUAAAUAUUGGUCAUAUAAUAUGCGCUACUACUAAUUUAGAACUAUUACCGUUGGAUGUCUUUAGAGUAAUCCACGAGUUUUCUUCGAUCAAAUGGAGUUGUCACGAUCAUUACAAAAUUGAUUUUGAAGCUUGGAAAAUAUUAAAAAGUUAAGCUGGUUUUUAUAGCAUAGAAAUAUACUUAUUUAUACUUACU